AGCAACGAAACUCCCUCCCGGAUGGAACGAAGGUGCACGUAAGACGCCGUACGCAGCCUUACACGCAGUAAUGUGAGUUCAACGUACGAACGAAGAUAGGACGUAGCAAUGGCUCAAACGGUGAUUCUUGCUUACAGCGGAGGUCUGGACACUUCUUGUAUCUUGGCUUGGCUUAUCGAAAAGGGUUACGACGUCGUCGCGUUUUUGGCCAACUUAGGACAAGACGAGGAUUUUGCAGCUGCUGAGGCCAAAGCUCUGAAGAUUGGAGCUCGAAAGGUGGUGAUCAAAGACCUUCGCGAAAACUUCGUGAAAGACUUCAUCUACCCUGCCAUCCAGGCGGGAUGCGUCUACGAACAGAGGUACCUACUGGGUACAUCGCUCGCGAGGCCCUGCAUUUCGCGAGGCCUGGUGGAGGUAGCGGUGGCAGAGAAGGCUGCUUUCAUUUCUCACGGCGCCACAGGAAAGGGCAACGAUCAGAUCAGAUUCGAACUGUCAUGCGUGGCUCUUCAGCCAGAUAUUCAAACGAUAGCGCCGUGGAGAAUGCCGGAGUUCUACAACAGAUUUGCGGGGCGUCAAGACCUGUUCGAGUACGCGAAGAAGCACGAUAUUGAAGUUCCCGUCACACCAAAGGCGCCUUGGAGUAUGGACGCAAACAUUAUGCAUAUUAGUUACGAGUCUGGUGUACUGGAAGACCCUUCCUUACCUGCUCCGGACACACUAUAUCAAAUGACUACGGAUCCUAAGAUAUCCCCCACACGGUCGGAUAUCGUUGAAAUAGAGUUUGUGAAAGGCAUACCGACGACGGUUCGUGACGUGUCGACUGGAGAGACUCACACUGGUGCGUUGGACCUCUUUUGCCACCUCAACGCUUUAGGCGGGAAACAUGGCAUUGGCCGUAUUGACAUUGUGGAGAAUCGGGUCAUCGGCAUGAAAUCCAGAGGAAUAUAUGAAACACCGGCUGGCACAAUUCUUCAUGCUGCUCAUUUGGACCUUGAGCUUUUCAUCCUGGACAAGGAGGUAUGGAGACUGAAACAGUACCUAUCUGAAAAGUUCGGUGAACAGGUGUACGGAGGACUCUGGUUCAGUCCGGAAGCUGAAUAUUCGCGGAAAUGCAUCGAAAUCUGUCAAGAGUCUGUCACUGGGACAGUGCGUCUGGAAUUAUUCAAAGGCCAAGUGUACGUUCGAGGUCGCCAAGCUCCCUAUUCUUUGUACAAUCAGGAACUAGUCAGCAUGGAUGUUCAAGGCGACUACACCCCCUCUGACGCUGACGGUUUCAUUAAAAUAAAAGCCCUCAGGUUGAAAGAGUGGAGCCGCAUCAAGAAGCUGAGGGAUGCAUCACAGUGAGUCUUACUAGUCAAUUGCAUAUCGACUGCCAUCGAGUGCCCAUCAGUUGGGUUCGUCGUGAAUCGAUUAAACGAAUCAGUAUGGGUC